AUGUUGGAUCAAAUGGCAAACGAAAUCAAGCUCAUCGCGGGAAGCUCCCACCCGGAGCUCAGUGCUCUUGUUGCGAGUCGACUCGGCAUUGACAUCGCUAACACGAUGAGCCUCAACUACUCCAACCGCGAGACCAGCGUUUCCAUUGGCGAGUCCGUCCGAGACGAGGAUGUCUUCAUCCUUCAAUCCACCGCUCCCGGCGAUGUCAACGAUGGUCUCAUGGAGCUGCUCAUCAUGAUCCACGCCUGCCGCACUGCCUCGGCCCGAAGGAUCACCGCUGUUAUCCCCAACUUCCCCUAUGCCCGCCAGGACAAGAAGGACAAGUCUCGCGCUCCAAUUAGCGCCAAGCUCAUUGCAAACAUGCUCCAGGUCUCGGGAUGCAACCAUGUCAUCACCAUGGAUCUACAUGCCUCCCAGAUCCAGGGCUUUUUCAACGUGCCUGUUGAUAACCUCUACGCUGAGCCUUCCGUCCUCCGCUGGAUUCGUGAGAACCUGAACGUCGACAACUGUGUCAUCGUCUCCCCUGAUGCUGGUGGUGCCAAGCGUGCCACCUCAAUUGCUGACCGUCUGAACACCGCCUUUGCUCUUAUUCACAAGGAGCGACCUCGCCCCAACGUUGUUGGACGCAUGGUUCUGGUUGGUGAUGUCCAGGACAAGGUGGCCAUUCUCGUCGAUGACAUGGCAGACACCUGUGGAACGCUCGCCAAGGCUGCUGAGACAGUCCGUCAGAAUGGAGCUCGUGAGGUGUAUGCCAUUGUAACCCACGGUAUUCUGAGUGGUAAGGCCAUUGAGACCAUCAACGCAUCGUGCCUGGCUGGUCUCGUUGUAACCAACACCGUUCCCCUGGGCGACAAGGCUGAGCGAUGCCCCAAGCUCAAGAUCAUUGAUGUGGCGGGAACUCUAGCCGAGGCCAUCCGAAGAACCCACAAUGGCGAGUCUGUGUCGUACUUGUUCAACAACGUUCCUGUUUGA